AUGACCCUGGGCCAAGUCUACGUGGCCGGCGAACGGAGGUGGCACGCGCUCAUCGGUCAGACCGCCACCGGCUGGGAGACGCCCGUCAACUGUUACCUGUACUUCGAGGAGUUCAGCACGCUGGGCGGCGGGAACAUGGGGCUGAGGCGCUGCCGCCAGAACCUGAUCCGCACCUGCGACCCGGCCUGGCCCGUGCUCUCGGACCGAGUCAAGUGUUCCGCCUAUACCUGGAUCGUGAAAUACUCCGAGCCGGCAGCCAACGACAAACCAGUGCGGUACAAGAACCCGCACUGUGCCCUCUGCAACCACCGCAACACCAGCGAGUGCAACGUGCAGCCGUUCACCACUACGCCACCGCGGCCCGUCCGUUACGCCGUCUCCGCCGCCGUGCUCUUCGACUUCUACGGCGAGCAAGUCGGCGUGGAGCGCGCUUGUGGGUGA